GUACCGGCGGCGGCCCCGGCCGGUCCCGCGGCCGCGGCGCUGCGGUAACGGCCGGGACGGGGCUCCCGGGGCUCGCCCCGUGCUCGGGGUCCCGCCCCGCGGCAGCGCCCGGUGACGCUCCCGGUGCUGCUCCCGGUGCUGCAGGCGCGGCGGAGGCGGCGGCGGCGGCAGCCGCAGCCCAUGCGGGCCCGGGCGACGGGGACGGCGGUGACGGCGCGGGAGCUUUGCGAGAACGAUGACCUGGCCACGAGCCUCGUGCUGGACUCGGUGCUCGGAUUCCGGACGCACAAAAUGGGCGUCAGCCCGUUACCGGCGCUGCGGCGGCGGGCGCAGCUCCGCGCGGCCAUCGCGGCGUUCCGGCAGCGGCGGGACCUGGAGGCCGCCUGGCGGACGCUGAGCGGGGCCUGGGCCCCCGCGUUCUUCCGCCAGCGGCGCCCGGCGCAGCGGGCAGCGCUCAAAAUCCACGUGUUCCGGUACCUGCGGACGCUCCUGCCCGAGAGCGGCUUCAGCAUCCAGCGCUGCACCCGCUACAGCCGCGACACCAACGGCGCCAGGGUGGUGUCCACCAGGACAUGGCAGAAGCACGAGACGCUGGAGCUGCUGGGCGGCUGCAGCGUGGAGCUGCGGGGCUCGGACCGGGCGCUGCUGAGGGCGGGCGACAACGACUUCAGCCUCAUGUACUCCACCCGCCGCAGGAAAACCCAGCUCUGGCUGGGCCCGGCCGCCUUCAUCAACCACGAUUGUCGGCCCAACUGCAGGCUGGUGUCGGCGCCGGGCGGGGCGCGGGUGCAGGCGCUGCAGGACAUCCCCCCCCGGGCAGAAAUCACCUGUUUCUAUGGCGACGGCUUCUUCGGGGAGGGCAACCGCGGCUGCGAGUGCCGCACCUGCGAGAGGCUCGGCCAGGGCGCGUUCCGGGGCCGCGGGGGGGGGAGGGGCAAUCCCGCCCCCUCCCCUCCCCCCCCGCGGGACCCCCCCCCGAAAUACGAACUGCGCGAGACCGACGUGCGCAUGCGCCGAGGGGCGGGGCCAGGCCCCAACGGGGCGGGGCCUGCCCAAAAACGGCGGAACCGGAACAGGAACCGGAACCGGAAGCGGCAGCGCCGCCUCCUCCCCAACUCGGGGCGCCCCCUCCUCAAUUCGGGGCGCCCCCUCCUCAUGCGGGAGCCCCGCGUGUCCCUGCACGACUGCGUGUCCUGCGGGGGGCGCUGCCGCCUGCGCAACGGCGUCCCCGUAGUGCGCCUGCGCCGUGACCCCGCCGCGACCCCUGAGCCCGCCCCCAAAUCCCCCCCGCCGGCGGCGGCGCCCUCAGACCCAAAACUGGCGCUGUACGCGCAUGUGCGCCUGCGCGGCGGGGCCGGCUCUCUAUGGGGGGAUUUGGGGGGGAUCUGGGGGGUCCUGGGGGGGCUGGGGGGGCUGGAGAUGGCGCUGCCCACCAGCAAUGAGCGCCCCCAAAUUUGGGGGGAUUUUAGGGGGUUUUAG